UGCAUGAGGAUAUGCAGGGGUAGUGGCUGGGGCAUGUGGCUUCUGAAGGCUUGCCUGGACUGAUAAGUUUUGGCUUCAGAUGCCACGAUGAUGCGCAAGGGGAUUUUUCAUCUCAUCUUGAGCAUCCUGUUUGAGUAUUUGCGGGGAGGGCAGAGAAGAUCGAGGUGUGUGCCUGUUUGAUAUGGAGAGCCAGGGGCUCAUACCAAGCCUGACCUGCGUUCCCUACAUGCAUGUUUUCUGUUCCUGCAUUUGUGCAGGUCACUUCGUUCGGAGCGUACAUUGAUUGUUGGGUCCGUAUUUCCCAUCACACCCCUUCCUCACUGCAUUUUAUCUGCAUCUUUAUGUUCGAAGGAGGCAGCAAAAGUCGUCGCACGCACAAUUUAUCUGCCCGCACGAACAGCAAAUAAAUGCCUCUUUCAAACGAGCGAAUGUGUCAGUCAUUCAGACUUUCACCAGCAUAGAUGAAUUUAGGCUUCGACGAUAGAAGGAAAGGAAGCCCUUAAGGCGGGUUCUAGCGGCCUUCUGGAAACCUUCUAAAGCAUUGUGAAGAGUGCCCUGAGCGCGGCGUCCAGUAACAGUGGUAUGGAGUCAGACUGUCAGAGAUUCCAGAAACUCAAAUCUCGGCUAGAAGCCGAUGCGGUUACAUCCAGGGGUAUGAGGCGGUUGGUUGGCUGACUGGGUCAACUUGGUUGGGUGGUGCCGUGCAAGAAAAGUGUUCAUCCGAAUCAGGGGAGGGAGUACUGUAGUUUUGCACUGCUGGACGGUAGCUCCCUUCCCCGGAACCUGACUGACUAAAUUGCACCAGAUCAGCCUCAAACAACGGCAGUUGUGUCUCUGGCUCUCGAUCAGUCUGGAUCACACCACUCUAUCCAUGAGGGAGCAAAAGGUGAGAGAACCAUGAUAUCUCAAUCCUGGCUUUGCCCAUGGCCUGCGCCUGGUCUCUGUUUUUCUUCCUGCUCUCUGGUAAGCUAGCGGAGCAUGAUCUGAUCAUACGCGGAGGACAGGGCAGAAAGAAGGGGAGGGUCCAGGAUCCCGACUGUUUGGGCGUUAAUCGCAAUCUCCGCGUCUGCGUCUUCUGUCCGCGUCUGUGUAUCCCGUUUUGUCCUGUCCGUGUCUUAUCUUGUUCUUGUCUGGCGGUUUGGCCCUCCCGUACCCGAGGGGACGGGAUCGACCCCGUUGAGGUAUGGAGUCUGUUAGAGGAGCCGGUUGGUUGGUGUAUCGCGAACGGCAAGGAUUUCUGUCAGGUGGAUACAGAGAGGAGAGGAUGAAGGGGAGGCUGGUUGACGAUCAUGACCUUUCCGUUGGGAAUUUGAAGUCAGGAUAGAUUGAAAGAGUGGGGAUGUGAACAUGCUACAUUCCAUAUAUCCACUUUUUCAGUUGGCUUGGUGAUCUCCUUUUUCCGUUCUGAGGCUGACCCAUGGCUUUAAAGUUUCAGGGAGAGUUUUGAGGUGGGAGAUGGGGCAGGAGGAGAGAGAAGGAGGGAGGACCUGGGGAGCUUGGGCUUGAGAGAUGGGGAUGAUGAGGCUGAAGUGGAUGCUUUAGGCAAUCGAUUUGAAAGAUCUUCUUCAGACUUUUUCUUCUCUCUUUCUUUCCCUCCCUAUUUUCAUCUGACCAUCUCGUAUUUCAAUAUUUUCGAUAAUUUCAGUCUCCUCCAUGCGUUCUAAAUCUGCGUUUCUGCAUCAUGCCUUUUCCCCCCUUUCAUAUGCGUUGUCUAUCUCUUCCUUCCAGGUCCCUGUCAUGGCGAGUUCCGUCGCUGACCUGUUGGCCGAUCUUCCGGCUUCGUCUUUGCAUCUUGAAAAGUUUCAAGGCACUGACUGGCCUGCCAUAUUGGCCGAGAAUGAUCUGAUUCGGGAGAUGAUCUUGUACGCCCUCAUACAAUACGUCUUCCAUAAGCUAGCUGCCGCUUCAGAACUGGUGCAGGAACGAGGGUGCGUCACAUAAUGGUUCGAUAUGUAUGAGAAAGAACCUCGUCGACGGUUACUUAUGAUGUAGUGGGGUUACCAAGGUCCGUCCCUUCCAGAGAGGCAGGCAGUCAUUCCAAUAUAUCACGUGAAAACAUCUUUCCCCUUCUCCUUGCUGAUAUUUUGUCUGUACCUCGAGAUUGCGCAACAUUCCAUUGUUUACCUCUAUAGACCCUACUGCCUGAAUCCUUGCUCUGAGCAUUCGGUGAUGGGCAAGGUCUAGUCCCAAGUCACAUGACAGUUUUCGGCCAGCUGCAGGACAUGGAAAGCUUCUCCUGUCCAGCCAACCCUGAAUCAAUGUAGCACAAGAAUUGUCAUCCCAUUAUCACAGCAAGAAUGAGAAUCUCAUUCUCUUUGUUGCACUUCGCAAAAAAACGAAUAAUUUCCGAGAAUCUGAAGCCAUCCUUCAUGAAGUUAUUGUGUUUCGUUUUUGCCCUUCGCUUCGUUUUGACCGGAUCCUCAAACCGGGCUGGACGUCGACAGGUCGACGCCACGCCCGCAACAAGGCUAUUCUAUAUGAAGCGCGCUACGGAUUACGAGUAAACGCAGUUUCAUUACGAUGAGCGACCGGUCUGCGCCUUUAGGUUUUUGCAGAGACAGAAGAGGUAAUCAUGGCGGGUUUUGUGGCUGCGCUUGGUGUUCUUGGAUUAUGAAUUGGGGAGAUCAGGAUCUAUUUUUGGGGACUUAGAUGGAAAGUGCAUCUGGUUUUAAUAAGGCUGCGCUUGAUAUCCAGAUCCAGAGGGUAUUUUAGCUGGAUGUUUGAUUCUUUAUUUUGGGAGAGAAAGAGCUUAGUUUGAUCGCAGCUUCCCUUCCCGCUUUUCAAGAAGUUCCUGCUUUCCUUUCAACCACUUCGUUUCAGGCACACUCGCGAAAUGACAAAUUCUCCGAAUGUCUUCAACUUCAAACAUAUCCUCAGCUCCAGCAGUCCACCAACAGAACAUCAUCCCUUGCUCCGCCCCCUCGUCCCUCUCAUGAAUCAUCACCAACAUAACCACCAGCGCAACUUUAUCUCCUCAAGAACAAUAAGUCCAGUUGAUCGCCACGCACGAUCCUCUCUUCCCCUCCUCGGCCCAGCAACCGUCUCCCCACGACACGGCACACUGGUCGAUUCGCACCGAGAAUAGCUCCCGUCAAGCCUACAUCACAUCCGAUCGACCCUGGAUUUAUCUUGAAACGCAUAUCUCCGAUCUAGCCUGUAGUCUAAAUGGCCCUUAGCUGGAGCUACUGCAGAUAGGCUGAGUUGCUCGGCUUUAUCGCUGGCAAGCAAUCGGAAGUGCAGUCUAUGUCACUAUCUCCCCUUAUGCCAUCGAGUUAUGGUUCAUUUGGUUCAUGUGCCGGUUGAGUUCUCGGAGGAGACCGAAAGGUAGGCGUUCCUGAUUUUCGCACAACCGCUGCAUCUGUAUCCUCUCCUUGCAACAGCUGUCCUUUGUCAAUUUCGCAUUCAAGAUAAUGCUGGACAGCUCUUUAUGUCCUCCAGUUGGCGAAGAAGCACGAAAGAAGCAUCAAUGAAGAUCAGAGCUCUAAACUCGGCUUUGCUAUGUAAGACUGUCUUUUGGUUCAUUUCUUUUCAGCCUCUUUAUCACAUGUCAUUUGACCCAGAUCACCAUGCUUGACAAUCAUCCAGUUCACCUUACUCUUCCAGAAAGCUGUCACGUACUGCUAGCCUUGGCCUAGUGGUCCCAAUACCUCGAUUCUGGGUCGUCGGAAAUUUAUUUGCUACAUGCAACAAAAAUCACUUCGUAGCAUUUUUCUGCGUCGAUACUGGUUCUUUCAGGCGGGUGAUAGUCACUCCUUGACCAUGGAAAGCUUUGGAUAUGAGACCGAUCAACUGGAAAGGAUAGAUAUGGCUAGGGUGUCGAGCUAGCUACAGGACCUUCUCCUAGCUGGGAAGAAAUCGACCCCGCUUGGAAGGGUAAGGUUUAUGCUUAAAGGUGAGGAGAUGUGAGAGUCUCCAUAUAUCUUCACCUGGUGACCUGAUAGACUUGACCCGCGGCGGGUAUGAUCGGUAUGCUCCACUUUCGUGCGAUUUGCAACAAAGGAUGGAGAAUAGAAAUGGCCCGCUUUGCGGUGGGGAGUGUGGGGGACGAUGAUGGAGGGCGAGGGGUUGAGGAGUACUGUGAUCAGCUGGUCUGAGAUCUUCGGAACGCUCUAAUGAAGCACGAACGGCAGCGAAACAAGCGAUCCUCGUGGCUGCCGCGAGCUGUCGCUUAUGCCUUUGUACAGAUCUAUGGUGAGAUGGACGUGCUGCUAUGAUGGCUACUCAUAACCACAGUCCAUCUCCAGCUUUUUCUAUCUCGAAAAUCAUCUCCUUCUACUUGGCGCCGCUGUCCGUUUACGUCCUUUCUCAGCUCUCCCACGAGCUCAAGAAAGCCUUAAUUAUAUUACGAGUUUACUCAAACUUCCGGUAGUGACCUACCUUAUCUUGGAUAUACCGACUUCCCACUGCAAAUCCUCAGACUAUCAGCCGACCGACCAGACCAGACCACCUGUUCUUUGUCAAGCGCAGAACCUAAUCUUAUCGAAAGGUACCGUUACUUCCUGGAGUACCGGCUUGCAGCAAGGCAUCGCCGAUUUUUGCGGGGUAAAUAGUGGAAGUACAGUUCGCUCACUUGUCCGCUUCCAGCACUGACAAGCUUUCCUUUAAGGGGAACCUCGGCAGCGCUCUCCCCGCGACGCUAACUCAUCUCUCCGCCUCUCAAAUGAUUCGGGGGUCUCUAUCUCGCCUCACAGGCUUCUACUAAACUCCACAAGUUCUCCUCUCUCCCUCUUAUUCGAGUUCGAUCUCAAUAUCCCGUCUUGGCAACUCUAAUUCACACUUUCCCCUCUUAUUACCUUACCCCCCUCUGCCCCUUUUCUCACUUAGACUUAAAUUUACUUCCCACCUGCUCUUUGCAGCUGCGCUACGAGGGUCAGCUUUCCCUUUUUCCCCACAACACCACGCAGAAAAAGCAAGUUAAGGCAUCCACUCCACGCCAGAUUCGAACGAGCGAGCGAGCGAGCAAGCAAGCAAGCGAGGGAGUGAGUGAAUGGGAAGCAAGCAUUCGUUCGAGUGGAGAUUGGGGUGGGGCGCGUGCGAUUUGCAACAAAAACGCUGCGCUGUCUGGUGUUUGGCUUAUCUUCAGGUGGGUGUGGAUUCUAAUAAUAAGGGGUGUAACCUCUCUUGUUAUGGGUGUAGGGUGUGGGUGUGGGUGUGAGCGAAAUGGGUUUGGUGAGGCUGUGAAGAGGCAGGUGUGGGGUUGUGGUUGUGGGCUGAGGACUUCUUUACCGGUAAGUACCUAUGUUCCAUUCACAAGAGAGAUGCCGCCGUGGAGACGGGAUGCGGGUGCGGAUGCGGAUGCGAUGCGAUGCGGAUGCGAUGCGAUGCGGUGCGGUGCUGUGUUGUGUCAGCAGAUUGGCUGGAGAAUACUUAUACUGUGUUCUGGGGAUGAAAAGGUAAUUUUCCGGAGGGUAGGUGGGACUUUGUAAGUGUUUUGGUUGUUUCCUUAUCGGCACUUGGAUAUCUGAGGCUCUUCUGAUUCAGGGGAAGCUCGAAUGAGUAAGGUAGGUAGGUAGUAGGUAUUCGCCCCCUCACAUUUCUCUGGCCAUCAUCCACUUCUUCCCUUCUCGUCAUCCAAAGUCAAUCACCGAAUUUUUUGGUCAAUUAUCGCAAUAGUCCUUCAGGACUUGGUCGGUGAGAUAAGAGAGAAAUGGACUAGGAAACUGUCUACAGCCUUGUUUUUGAAAUGGUGGCGGCGCGGUUCAACUCUAUCUAUCCUUGUUCUCCAAUCCUUGAUUGCUCUCCUCCCCAUCCCAUACAUCCGGGGCGGUGUUUUGUCACAUAUCACCUGCCUUCUUCAUGACAUUUCUCUUUGUGUAUCUAUCGUCGCAGAGGAGUCUUUCUUGGACGUCAUGUUGUUGUGUUGCUCACAGUCUGAGUCACUCCGGGAGAUAUCGCUCUCCUUCCUUCCACAUGCUCCCAGCGGUGCGGCACGCGAAUGAGCAGUCUGCUCUAGAUUCGUGGCCGGCUUAUUGUCGUGUAUCAUGACCUUAAUCCAACUACAAUCAAGCUAUCUCUUCACCUGGGUCUAUAUUCAAAGCUUGCUUGCGGUCCUUUUGAUAUUGAUGUGGCGGUGGCUGAAUCUGCAAGGCCGGUAAGAUUGGGGAGUUGCAGCCUUCCUACUGGUCAGCACCAAAAUGUGUAUCGCUUCCUUCCAGGAAAUACAUCAGCCAUCACCUCUUUGGGGCAGCCUUUCUAGAUUAUACCAGGCUGCAACCCCUCAAGAGUCUUGACUGCAUGUUUGUUUUCCUUGGGAUGUGCUAUCAAAAUACUCCUUCCACCCAAUUUCCUCCAAUUGCGAAGUCCCAUGAUGCAUCGUGGUCUCGAACGAGUCACAGCAAUCCGGGUGCUCAGCCUUGCGACUGUGGCAUUCGAAUACUUAUAUCGUAGUGUAUGCAACUAAUUUUCCAGUAUUAUCAUUCACAAUGGCAUCCAACAACCCUUUGAGAAAUUAUGUCUUCAACAAUUACGACGAAUGACCUACUCGAUCCUUUGGUGCAGGAAGUGACCCUUUCGCCAGGAUCGUCACCACUGUUCACACCACAAGGACCAGCAAGUGUGACAGACCAAAGGCCUCGAUUAGUUUCUGUUCAGAGCACGAAAUCGGUUGCAUUCGAUCCGUCCGCUCAGCAAGAUACCAGCCACCGAAAUAACACGCCUGAGCAACUGGCGACACCACCCAGAUCAUCUGGGGAUAAAAGAAAAAGCAUUUACUGGCGCUCACCAGCCAGCAUGGUAGCAUGUUUUUUUCUUGGCGUUUUUGUAGCUCUAGGCCAUCAUUUGUACUACACUUCGCUGAAAGGGGACCUUGUGGGAGAUGAGGACGAGCAACAGAGAAAGUUAAGAUAUGGUACGACGUUCGCCUUUGUCACACAAGUCAGCCUUGUUGGUUCUGUCGGAUUCGCGUAUUCGCAGUGGCUGUGGAAGACUCUGAGGGCAACCACAGUUUCGGUGCAAUGCCUGGACUCGGCAUUUUCUGCCGAUACACAAUUGAUAUCCAUGUUUAAUCCGGAGAUGUGGUGGAAGAUUAAACUUGGUUCGGUCCUUGCUCUACUUGCAUGGUGCCUCCAACUGCCGUCACUAAUCACGCCAGCAACUCUUGGUGUAGUACCUGGUACGCAAGCGGUAAACACAUCUGCAGAGGUACCGCGUCUUCUCAUUUCGACCAACGAUACUGGUCAAUAUUCCCGGUUUGAAUAUUCGGCUCCUCUUCUCCCAGAUACCGUUGAAGGGCUCAACGAUACGAAUAACUUCUUUGUCGGUCCACGAACCAUCAUUUCUCGGCUAUCAUCAGCUACAGCGACGACAGGUCAGAUUCAGUCCAUCUACCCGCCAUUCACCAAUUCUUCGUAUUCUCUUCAGUUCUUUGGUCCAACUGUUAAGUGCGAGGAAGCAAAUAGCACACAAGCGGGCAUUAUCGAUCGUCUUCUGAAGCUGAAGAUGUCGCAUUCGAGGGAUAACUUCUCGGAACAGACCUCAGCAUACUUUGGAUUUGUCCCAAACGAGUAUAUUAUCAAUGGUGGCGAGGUCACAGAUAUUGCAACGGUGAACGAAAUAUCUGAUAUCAGGAUGCAACGACCUGCGAACACUUCAUCGAACCAGCUGUGGACAACCUACCAAAGGUACGUCUGGGAUUCGAUCGGAAAUCGAAGCACUGUUGUCCAUCAUACAGUGUGUCGUCUGUUCAACGCCUCCUAUGAUGUCAAUUUCGACUUCCAAGCUGGCAACCAGAUUAUCCAGAAAAAUACAGAACUUGGCAUUUUAAAUGAGAUCAAGUACCCUGCGGAUGACCCUCAGACGCCAACCAACUAUGCAGCUCAUUCUUACACGGCCUUCAUGUGGGUUGUGACUGAUCAGCUUGUUGGCUCUAUGGGUUUCUGGAUUGAUAAUACAACCAAUCGGAAAUUCAGCUCCAUUUCUACUCCUAUUGAACAUAACAGUCUUCUCGGCAGCGUGGAUCUCGAUCCAUUCUUUGAUUACAACGAUGCUCUCUAUCGUCAAAAUUCGACGACCGCCAACAAGACCAUGAGCGAUCAAAGAAGGGAGGACAAGGACUUGGCGAAAAACAAGACGCUGAAUGCGCUGAUCGAAGAAUUAUCUUUCAAUGUUACCAUCAGCUUUAUGAGUAGUAACCUUCUGUCGCCUAAGGUCAACACAACAGUCCUUCGCACUACAACACUUAAUGUCUACACCUACAAAUCCACAAGUCUUUUCCUCGCUUACGGCCUCGCAAUCCUCACCUCCCUCCUCGCCAACAUCCUCGGAAUAAUAGCCUACAUCUCCAACGGAUCAGCCCACGAUAGGAACUUCUCGGCUAUUCUCGGUGCAACCAGGGAGCGUGAGCUGAGCCAUUUAUUUGAUGAGAAGAAUCAUGGGAUCUUACCGGUACCAAAACCGACGAAGAUGACUUUGUUGAAAUUUAGAGAUAUGGAUGAUGGGGGCUGGAGCUUUAGGAAGGAGGAAAAGAAAAUUGAUCCCAAGGACUGGAAGGCAUUGAUGGAUAGGAGGACGAGUGUGGUGAAGAAGUCUUGGAAUUGGAGCGAGGCUUUCGGCUUGUGGAAGACAAAGACAAUGGGUGAGAAGAGGGGCUGACGAUGAUUAACGGAGAGCUCAGCUCGAGAGGUAACAUGAGAAGAGGAGGGGAGAGUAGGUCUAGGAGCUCUGAACGCAGGCGAUGGAGCGAUGCGAGGCAGUUAAAUGCAGAAAAAGCAGUAUUUAAAUCGCGUCACUGGGAGCCAAGACUUACGUGAAGGUAUGUCUGGCGAGAUUUGCAAGGAGGGGUAUUAAUUCUAACAAUAACCAGAACCCAACAACAGCCAGGAUAAAUGACAGUGCUAUUGCAAGCAGCAGCACUGUUAGUAACAAAGUAGGAAUAUAAACAGCUAAACUUGCUUCCAACCCUCCCACAGUCCCAUACACUUGUCAUAUGAUCAAAAAUCAGUACUCAGACUCAACUCCUUCCAUUCCUCCAACCCUUUUUUCUCAGCUUCCAGGAUUCCUUCAACAGUGGCCACAUAGUCACUCCCCAUUCCCAACCUCCACGGCAACGUCUUCCCCUCACACCGCCCCGAAUGCGUCAAAGCCUCCACAAUCAACUGACUCCCCUUCACCGGGUCCCCAGGCUGAUUAUGGUUAUAAUCCUCGAACGCCCUCCUCAACGGCUCCAUCACCGGCUUAAGAUCAUCAAUCACCCUCGCCGCCACGACCUUAUUCCCCGCCGCCAGCAAAUCCGUCCUAAAAUACCCCGGCUCAAUCAAGGUCACCUCAAUCCCCAAAUGCUCCACCUCCCGCUUCAACGCAUCAAAGAUCCCCGCCAACGCCCACUUCGUAGAGCAAUACACUCCACACCCUACACUCCCAUGCCAACCGCCUACACUUCCCAGCCCAGCGAUCACACCAGAUCUCGCUUCCCGCAUGUACGGCAAGACAGCUCUCGUCACAGCCAGAGUGCCGAAUACAUUCACGGCGAAACUCGCCUUGGCUUCAGCGUCGGAGGUCUCUUCUAUGGCGCCUUCGAGCACGGCGCCGGCGUUGUUGACGAGGAUGUCGAUGCGGUGGUGUUUGGCGAUGGCGGUUGAGAUGAUGGAGGUGAUGACUGGCUCUGGGGAUGUCACGUCUAGUGCGAGGGUGGUGGCGCCGAGGGUGGAGAGGUGUGUUAGUUUGGAGGGGUUGCGGGCGGUGGCUAUUACGGUGUCGCCGCGGGCGAGGGCGAGGGUUGCGAUGGUGGAGCCGAAGCCGGAGGAGCAGCCGGUUAUGAACCAGACUUUGGGAGAUGGGUUUGAGGUGGUGGUUUGGGCUGUGGUAGACAUUGUGUGUAUGGUAUUAGCGAGGUAUCAGCUUGAGGAUCUAGAUAGGCGUUGUAUGUAUUGUAGUUUGGUAUUGAUAUUGAACUGCUCCCUUCAACUUCGACUCGUUUGUUGAUAAAGAAAAAAAAUCUUCAUUCCAGGUGUUCUACUCCUACCUUAUAUUCCUCCUUCCACUCACUUAAUUUCGCUCAUUCCCCUUUCCAUUCUCAACUCCAUCGGACUUCUUUCCUCAUUGUGUAGCACAAGUUCUGGUGAUAAGUCGAACCUCGUCGUUAGCACCUUUCUCCUAUCGGCGAUAAGUCCCAUCCGCCGCCGUCCCCCAAAGGCAUCGGCGAUACAGUAUCAAGCGUUAGCCGAAUGCGCCAAGGCAAGGAAAGAAUGCAGCCCGUCAGCAUGUCAGCAAGGAAGACCAAUGGGCCUUUUGGGACGUGGUGUGAUUGUGAGGGACGAGAGUUAGUGUAAUCGCUGUACAGGAGCGCUCAUUUUGUUUCAGCCCUGGAAUUGGAGUUUGGGGUUGGGAGUUGGAGAGGAGAUAGGUUGUGAAU